AUGAACUCGCAUCAGAUCGCAGUAGCCAAGGCGUCUUUUUCCGCGGGCCUUCUACGGCCUGAUCCAUCAUCGGUCCCGGGAGAAGAGAUAUCACGCUUUCACAAUGAGCUCGACGCGAUGCUGUCGCAUUGCUCACCAGCACACAUCCAGAUAUGCAAAUCAUGGCUUCUAAAGAAUGUUGCCCCUUCGGCCGCACGGGUGGGAGGACUGGGCAAAUACUUCGUUGCGCUUGCAGGUUCGCUGCAACACACCUCCGCGGAUAACAAGCAGACCCGAACUGGAGGCGGUAGCAGGGCCCCAGCUUCCUCGAAAAGAAAGACAUUACAUAUUCUCUACCUACUCAAUGAUUUACUUCACCAUACGAAAUACCACGAUCACGCAUCCGCUUCUGCAUUUACAACAAUUGCAGAGUCAUUGCGGCCAUACUUGACUGAACUUUUUGGCCUUGCUGGGAGCUAUAGCCGUGAUCGGAACCCAAAGCACCGCAAACGUGUCGGGGACCUUCUGGGGCUAUGGGAAGAUAACGCAUAUUACGGCGCCGAAUACAUGAAGAAAUUACGUGAAGCGGUAGAGAGCUUCGAGUUUAUGGGGGAGAAGACUCCCGCGGACGUGGAUAACCUGGGUGGACAGAAGAAAACAGACACACGAACCCUACCGUACAUGAUGCCAGCAACGCACGGUGACCCCAAUGCGCCAUAUCAUGAGUUACCCGCGGGAAACAUGUUGCCGCAUAUUAUUCCAGACUCUCCUAUUGCAAUUCGACCGCAAUCAUUACGGCCUCUUCAAUUCGUCGCUGGCCCCGCUGACGAGUCCCUUGUCAAAGCAGUGAAAUCCCUUUUAAACGAUGUCGACAGAAUUUAUAAUACCAACGAUAACGAGUCUCAUGAUGUUACUAUAGUAGACGUUGAUGAGCUUGGCCAAACUAUUACGCGCAUCGACACGACUGGAAAGUCAAUUGAGAGUGGUACAUAUUACGGCUGGUCGCGAGAGUUUUGUCAUAACAUGAAACAACGAAAGCAUGGCAAGGCUCGCAGUAGGAGCCGGAGUGCAAGUCGAAGCGUUAGCCUGCACCGUUCGGCCAGUAAGAGACGACGAUAUAGUGAUAGUAUGAGCGAGGACGGGCGAGGCCGCUCGAGCUCCCCAAGCUCGUCGAUGUCUCGAGGACGUCGACGGUCCCGCUCUGGCUCACCUCGUCAAUCUAGAACUGGUCGUUCAGCAUCUAGGUCAUUGUCUUAUUCACCGAAGGCUUCGUUAUCUCAGGGUAACGUUCCUCCCGCCCCGCAACUCACAAAUCAAACCCAAGUACAAUAUCCCAAUCCACAAUUCCCAUUUUCUGGUGUACAGCAACUAGGCAUGUUACCCAUUAACCCCGCCCAGCCAACAAUGUUCACGCCUGCUGCUCGACCACCAAACUGUCAUGGGUCCUGGCCACCGCCACCGCCACCACCAGGGGUCUCCGCAGCGGGUGGAGGUCCCUUCCCGCCAAAUAUGAAUAUGGCGAUGAACAUGGGUAUGAACAUGAUUAUGCCACCAUUUCCUCCGCCUUUCCAGCAACCGCCUAUGGGUGGACAUCAAUUUAUCCCCCAGCCUCAUCAACAGGGGGGGAGCUAUCAUUUUAAUCCACCACAUCCCAACCAGCAACAGGGUCAGCAGGGCCAGCAGGGUCAGCAGGGACAGAUGUACCGAAGAAACCCAAACUCGGGCCCUAAUACUAUGGGAGGAUGGAACCAGGGUGGCUGGUCAUGA